AUGGUAGAAACUGUAGAGACUGAAGCACCCAAGGAAAGAUUCGCACCCAAAGAUCCACCAAAGGAUGACCCCAUCAGCAUAGAAGAGCUCGCCAAAUGCGAUGGUAAGCUUCGCAUUAAGUCAUAUCAGGCUUCGGCAAAGCAGGCUGAUCUCUUGAAUUUCAAAGGUAAAUCUGCAGACCAUCCAACAUACGUGGCAAUCAAAGGCACCGUCUUCGAUGUAUCAGGAAACAAGGCAUACGUGCCUGGCGCGGGCUAUAAUUUGUUCGCAGGCAAAGAUGCAUCACGAGCCCUUGCCAAAACCUCAUUAAAACAUGAAGAUUGCAGUCCGGUCUGGGAAGAUUUGCCGGAGAAAGAGCAGAAGGUAUUGGGCGAUUGGUAUACGUUCUUUGAGAAACGAUAUAACAUUGUGGGGAAAGUGCAAGAAAUGGCCUGA